GGCUAGUUUCUCCAGAGAUUUGAAUUUACAAAGAAGAAGAAAAAAACUAAAUUUUGUGACAGAAAACGUGCAGAAAGAUGUCGGAUUUAUAUGCGUGACUACAGAGCUUCAAAUUAAAUAAUAAUUAAGAAUGGAUAGAAAUCUUAAGUUACUAAGUCAACGUGAAGAAUUGCAGCUAAAAAAGGAGGUUGAGCGCUUACGCAAGCAGUCUCAGAAGGAUUUUCUUCAUUACACGCAGCAGAUUAGCAAUUCUUCCGGAAAAAGGACUUCUCCAACAGUGAUGGCAGAAUCUGUUCCAGUUCAAUCACUUCAGACGGACUUUCUCAAAAGAACCCGUAACCACACCAGUGCCAGUAAAAAUAAGAACACAUUGGUUUCUAAAAACUUUGUUGGUUCUCUUGAGGUGCAAAAAGACAUUUUAAAUUCAUCACCAACAUUUCUGCUGGGAGAUCCAAAGCCAGAAAGAUUUCCAAACCAAGUUAAGGAUCUUAAGGUGAUGAUUAAAGGGGUAGCUGCAUGUUAUCAAGAAGAUAAUAAUGGUCAUGAAAACUAUAAAAAACAAAAAGUUUGUGAAGGCACGGGCUUGUUAAAUAGUGAAACAUCAGAACCUGCAGGUAAAGCAGCUCGUAAACCUGUAAUAGCACUAAUAGAUGGAACCACUAAAGCAGUUGCAAUUUCCAAACGGCCUCAACCACCUCAGAGACCAAAAUAUAAGCCUGUCAUUCAGACCAGAGCACGUAUAUUGAAAUCCCCUUUCGUGGAGGAAGUGGAGAAACCCAUAUCAAUAAACAAGCCGAAAACCAAUAAAGCUAGAAUACAGUCCAAAAAUAGCCAGAAAUCACUGGAGACAGAGAGAAGCAGCAAUGAAAGUGAACAUAGUGAUGAUUCUCUUUCGGAAGACUCUGAGGCUAGCGCCAGUGCAGAUGACUCUGGGAAUGAGGAAAAUAAAAGGAGGAAAAACCAAAAAAAGUUAAAGAUUGAAAGGCAGAUUUCUAUAGUGCCUGAUGAAGUAACAGUUAUGGAACCCGAAAUUCCUGGAAGCAGAAAAAGCAGUGUGGGUUCCAGUCACAGUCAAAGUGUGAAGUCCACUUCACAACUGCUGGAAGAGGCUACGGACAUAGCAAGAACAGGAGCAUCAAUAAUAUACAAGCAAAAUAUCCAGCUCAGAAAGCCAAAAGAAGAAACUGCAAAGUUACCAGUUAGGGAGGGUGGAAGGACUAUUGAUGAAGUUGCAUCUCUGCAGUCUGGGAGCCACACAGACUCACUGUCAGCUUCAGACCUGAUGGUCAAAGAGCUCACGGAGAGAGUGCUUGGUCACAGUACUAAAUGUGAGGGGGGUGAAAGUGAAGCAUGGGCAUUGGAAGCUCAGGGAACCCAGCACAUUCCCACAGAGGGAUCAGCAUUAUCAGCUGAACCCCAACCUUUGUCUCCAGAUCAGGUAGAAUCCUCUGAUUUACAAACAGUAACAAAUGACCAGUAG